AUGAUCUGCGUUUGGUGGGAUUGGGAGGGUCUGGUGCAUUGGGAAAUGCUGGAGAAGAACAAGACGGUCGAGAAAAAUCUCUAUAUAGCCCAGCUUCAUCGAGUAAAAGAGGCUAUUCAACUGAAAAGACCUCAUCGACGAGGCCAAGUCAUCCUGCUUCACGACAACGCACGGCCUCAUACAGCAAACAUCGUCAAAGCCGCCCUCCAAGAGCUCGAUUGGGAAGUCCUUCAGCACCCACCGUACUCUCCGGACCUUGCCCCAACAGAUUAUCACCUUUUCCGCUCGCUGUCGAACCAAAUGCGAGGUGUUACCUUCGACAACAACGAGGACCUCGAAAAUUGGCUCAACAACUUCUUCGAGUCCAGGCCCGGCGGUUUUUGGCAAAACGGUAUUAACAAGUUGGUCGAGAGGUGGGAGCAGGUCGUAAACAAUGACGGAGAAUACAUAAUUGAUUAA